AAAAUUCACCUGGUAUUCCAUAUUUCACUUCUAAAACUAUACAAAGAAUCAAAAUAUUUCAACAGACUAAUACCCCACCUGCGAUCUUUGUAUCUGAAACUCAACAAGAAGAAUAUGAAGUUAAAUCCAUCCUGGAUCAAAAG